GCAUCUAUAAGUCAUAUUAAUUAUGAUUUUUCUGUUAAUAAUUUUAAAUUUAUUUUCUUCGUCACUUUCGAGUAAUGGUUUGCCGCCUCCUUGUUCAAGCGAAAUUUACUGCUAUGGAGAACUAAUUGAUACUGUUAUGAAGAUGAGAAUCUAUCAUGAUAGCAAAACGUUUGUGGAUCUAAGACUGAAAAAUCCACCUAAUGAAACAAUUAUAGCUUUUCAUGAUUUUAUGGAAAUAUCGAAUAAUACGCCAACGAUAGAUCAAGUAAAAGUGUGGCUAGAAAACCAUUUCAAUCCUGCUGGAAGUGAAUUGACUCCAUAUAUUCCUGAAGAUUUCAACGAAAAGCCAACUUUUCUUGAAGGAAUCACAGAUAAAAAGUUUAAAAAAUUUGCUUCUGAUUUAAAUCGAAUUUGGAUCAAUCUAUGUCGCAAAAUCAUAGACGAAGUUAAGGACCAUCCAGAGUUAUCAUCGAUUAUUUAUGUGCCAGGUCGUUUUAUAAUAGCUGGAGGGCGCUUUCACGAGUUUUAUUACUGGGAUUCUUACUGGAUUAUUAGAGGACUUUUAGUGUGUGAAAUGUUUCAAACUGUUCGUAGCAUGAUUCACAAUUUUCUCACAAUCAUUGAGCAAUAUGGUUUCAUUCCAAACGGUGGCAGAAUUUAUUAUCUUGCCAGAUCCCAACCUCCAUUGCUAUCAGGAAUGAUGAAAUCUUAUAUCGAUCGUACUCAUGAUUACGAGUUUGCAAUUAGUUCUGUUGAUUUGUUAGAAAAAGAGUUCAAUUAUUUCAUAACAAAGAAAACUGUAAUUGUUAAGGGACAUCGAUUAGCUCGUUAUAUUGAUGAAUCAUCAGGUCCACGACCAGAAUCCUAUAGGGAAGACUCAUCAAUAGGAAAUGAAUUCGAUACGGAUGAAGAACGAGAAAAUUUCUAUUCAGAAAUAAAAGCGGCAGGAGAAUCCGGUAUGGAUUUUUCAUCUAGAUGGUUCAUUAAUAAAAAUGGGGAAAACAUUGGAACUCUAAAGGAUUUAAAAACUCGCCAUAUUAUUCCUGUUGAACUAAAUGCUAUCCUGUAUUGGAAUGCAAGAAUUAUAUCAGAAAUUUUCGGAUAUGCGAAAAACACAGUCAAACAAAAGGAAUAUGAAAUGAAAGCAAAUGAAAUAUUAAAAGCUGUCAAUGAAGUAUUAUGGAAUGAAGAACUAGGAAUUUGGACGGAUUAUGAUUUAAUCAAUAACAAGUCUCGACCGUAUUUCAGUCCAACAAAUUUUGCACCAUUAUGGACAAAAUGUUUUGACGCCACAAAAAGCCUUGUUAUUGCUGAUAAAAUUGUAGCAUACAUAAAAAAUUUACGGCUUGAUGAUUAUCCAGGGGGAACACCUAACUCUUUAUAUUCUACUGGCGAACAAUGGGACUGGCCAAAUUCAUGGGCCCCAAUGCAACACAUGAUAAUAUUAGGGCUUGACAAUUUAGAGGAUUCACGAACAUCAUCUUUAGCAAUAACAUGGGCUGAAAGAUGGAUUCAAUCAAAUUUCAUUGCUUUUGAGAAAACUGGGAAUAUGUAUGAAAAAUACAUUGCAACAGAACUAGGAGGUUUUGGAGGAGGCGGAGAGUAUGAAGUACAAACAGGUUUUGGAUGGUCCAAUGGUGUAAUUUUGGAUUUACUUGACAAAUAUGGACAAAAUGUGAAAUCUCCAGGAUCUUAUGCUUCACAAAUUCUAAUCGACAUCAAACUUUAUUUUGUUAUAUUAGUAAUUAAGCAGAUUGUUUAAAUAAAUUGUAUUAGUUCGGAUAGCUUUGAAGGAAAACUAAGAUAUUCAUUAAUGUAAGAGCUGCUGUGGUAAAAAUUGUAAUUAAAUUAAACUAUUAAAAAA